GGAUCUUGGACCGAGUGCUCCGCCGAACGUAUGAGUAAUAUUUAAGGUGCAUCAGUCGCUGGGAAAACGCCUCCGAAUCGCUGGGAAGUCGCGCGGAAUUCGAGAGUCCUGGUCGGUGGUUGAAUGUGUUUAAUACCAUAGUUACCGCCUAAUACCAUAGUUGAUCCGCCGUUUUUAAACAGGCUUCUAAAUAAAUAAGUGAAUAAUCCAAAAGUGUGUUGUGUAACAAAUCGUUCAAAAUGUCGAUGGAUCCAACAGUUUCCCUAGAGGAUCUGGAGCGACGCCGACGUCGCGCCAGUUCCGCCCGCAAGCAGUCACACACUCCGCAACCGCCUUCCCUCCUGCCGGACUCGGAGGCCAUGGCCGUGAUCAACGAGAUCUUCAAUCCCACGCUGAAACUGCCGGAGUCCAGUGGCCACUACACGCUGCCCGAGGAGAUGAGUGCCGAUGACAAUGUGGCACCCCAUGAACUGGACAUUGCUAAGUUAGCGGAGCUGAAGGAAGUCUUCUCACUCUUCGACACGGACUGCGACGGGCUGAUCUCGAAGGAGGAUCUACGGUUCACCUACACGGCCCUGGGAAAUGAGCCCAACGAGCAGCUGCUGGAACAGAUGAUGCAGGAGGCCAAGGAACCACUGGACUACGAGGCCUUUGUCCGGCUAAUGAGUCGUCGCACCCAGGAGCUGGAUCCCGAGGAUGUGCUGUUGGAGGCCUGGAGCAAAUGGGAUGACCAUGGCACGGGCAAGAUCGACGAACGCAAAAUCUAUGAGGAGCUGACCAACUAUGGCGACAAAAUGACCCUCAACGAGGCCAAGGAGGCUCUUAGCCAUGCCCCGAUGGCCAAGCCGAAGUCCCUGGAGGAGCCGCCCAUGAUUGACUAUCCGGCCUUUUGUCGCAUGCUCAGUGGAAUGCGCAAGCGAAAAGGGGAAUAACUAAAGUGGAGAUUCACAUAUAAUAUUAAAGAAUUCAAACGUGUUUUUCUAAAACUUUCAAAAAAAUAAUUUUCAGAAAAGGAUGAAUAAAAAAUAAAAAAAUCAAGACAAAAAAGGAGCCUCAGCUAAAAACUUUAAAAAAAUUGACAAAUUGUAUCGAAACAAAGAUGCUAACAGAUACGCUAUAUAUUGCCAUAAACGAUUAAAAAAAAUACAGUCAGUUAGUCGAAACUUAAGCAAGAGUUUAUAAGGUCUUAGGGAUUCGAUUGGAUUAUUUUAUUAUUAAACUACGCACAUAUUGCUUAGAAUAUCAACAAUUACUAAAUUCCUUCCCAACACCUUUUAAAACAGUUUGUGAUUUCAUCGAUAUAUUGUUAUUAUAAUAAACAUUACAGAUAUCAGAUUAAUAACAUAAACAUAUAUAUUUUUUUUAAGAAAUUGCCCAGUUUUGCACAUUUUCUUUAUUUAUUAGUAUUUAUUUAUUUUAAAUUAGUGUUUUUCUUAGGUCCCUUUUUUAUUAACACACAAUUUAACUGGUUAAAAUCUUUAAUUUGUUUUGUUGAAAAUUACUUGAAGUCCUAGGGCAGGUGUGCCGAUGUAUCGUAUUGUAUUAGCCUUAACGCCAACUUUUGUUCGACUUUUUGUCAAAAUAAAUCGUGAAGAACCAGCA